AUGAUUCUAUCUCAGUAUACAUCGUAUGCCCUGGUGGCAAUCCUCCUCCCUCCGGCGACUUUGGGUCGCUCUGUUUUUUCAUUCUUUGGAGACAAUACCCAAAAGGCUCUUAUGAGGUUAGACUGUGAUGAUGGCACUGGCAUUGCAGACCCAGAUGGCAAGUGCAAUGGCACUGGAGUUGUGGAUGACCCGAUAGGCCGUGACCACCACCGAGAAGGGUUCAAGUUCGAAAACCCAUCCAAAGACUGCAAAUAUGUGACCCAAAUGUACAUUUGGGAUUCAUUCAAACAUCUCGAGAAAGACAUGAGCAAGCUGUUCACGCUGAUUCAUAAGGAUGUCAGUUUCACUGUCGUCGGUAAUCACCCGAUCGCUGGCCACUACAAUGACCUCAUGCAUUUCUAUGUCAACGCACUGCGUCGCGUUAGCAUGCUGUUCAUUGACCAUGCCAACUUGUUCGAGGUCCACCCCCAGGGGAUCUUUGGUGGAUGCAAUGCUGAAUGGUCGGUGCAGGAAGUUCAAUUCAAAGGCGUGAUGAAUUCCGGUGACCCAUUUGAUAUUAUAAAUGUCUGGUUCACGCGCUGGGAUCAUGAUCAAAUGGUCGAGAUUCGCACAUACGUUGACGCACCAAAGAUCAUGGAAGCAUUGCACAAGAAUGAGAUAUGGUGGAACGGCACGACGCAUAGAAACAACGUGCAGUAUAUGCCAGGGCCAUCGGGAAUGCCGGAUCUGGAGGAACUUGAAGGGUUAAUGGGAUAUCCAAAUGGAAGCAAAUACAAGGACUAA